CGUGCCUUCAGUGGUUAAGAGCCAGGACCGCCAGUUCCCUGGGUUCAAGCCCCAGCCCCGCAGUCUCCGUUUCUCCGUCUGUAAAAUACAGACAGUAAUAGCUCCUGCUCCUUAAGGCUGCCAGAAGCAACCAUGUAAAAGCGCAUGGCACAAAGAAACCCUCUUCUGGCGUCGCCCUGGGGAGGGUGUGAGGUUCAGUUGGAACUCUUGUCACAGAGAGGCCGGAUAAGGUGAACCCACUCCUGAUUACUGAUCAAUCUGCCGCCUGCUGGGUUUGCCCCUGCGCCCCGCUCCUCCCAGCCCUGCAAUCUCAUGGGUCAUUUACUGUUGUUAUUACUACCAAGUUCCUGCCCCCUAAACCGCUCGUACUUUCUCAUCCACAAUGGGAACCAGAACCGCCAUCUUCCAGAAGAGGAACCCGGGACGCAGAGAAGGCGAGAGGCUGCUCUGUGCCCAGGGCCUUCUCAUGCACUCGCUCGCUCGCUCACUCCGUGUCUGGGAGGCCCAGCUCCCCAGCUCUAAAAUGGGAAUGUUCGCCCAAGAGACUCUCAAGACACAAAAUGCUACGCGGAGGGAGGAAGGGACGUUGGCCGAGGCCUGACCAACGAAGGGCAAGUCUCUGGUCCUGUAGGUCCGCCCAGGAAAAGGAUGCGGAUGCGGACAGCCCCCGCCCGAAAAUCCCUGCCCGGCUUCAGAGCAUCCCCGGCUGGGCGAAAGGAGACGCUGAGGCCCGCAGUAGAGCGCGGGGCGGUGAACGGCUCAUGUCGGAUCCCGGCCUGGAACCUCGCGCCCCGCGUCUCCGCAGACCCCCACCCUGUCGCUCGUUCCCAGUUCCCCGCUCCGCCCGGAGAGCGGCGCCUGCGGCCUGCCUGCUGCGCCCGCGGGGCCUCUGCUGCCCUCUGGCGGCCAGAGCGCGCAGCGCCGACCUCGGCGCCAACGCUGCCUCCGGGGAACAGGAGCGCGCUUGCAGACGGGAAGGGGGCUUCGGCGGGGGCUGGUUCUCCGUACGGUGGAGAGAAGGUGGGUACGCAAGGGCCUGCGCAAGGGGCCUAGCCCUGCUUAGCGCCUGCGAUCACGCCGCUGCUAUGACUGGACUGCUGUUGUUACUCUCCGGGUAAACUGAGGCCCAAAGAGAGUGAGUGUGAGCGUGCGGGGCCGUGUGGGUGCGCGUUUCGGGUGGGGUCCUUGCCCCAAGCCACGAAGGGUCAGAGGCACAGCCGGGACUACAGACCCGACGCCCUUGCGGCUGCUGGGCCCCGCGCGGUGGAAAAAGGGGUCCGCGCGCCCUUAGCCCCAGCGGGACCUGGGACUCGGUUUCUCCCCGCGCGCAGCGGGCGGCAGCGGGCAGAGGCCCGCGGAGGUCGCGGGAGGGGCGGCGGGGGCUCGCGGGGCGUGACGCACAGAGGCUGGGAGGGCGCGGGGCGGGGCGGCCACGCAGGCUGCAUAUAAGGGCGGCCUCCAGGCGCGGAGAACCAGAGCGAGCGACUUUGUGCCAGAGCCAGAGCCGGAGCCGGAGCCGAGCUCGAGCCGGAGCCCAGCCCAGCCCCAGGCGACACCCCAGCCCGAGCGGAGCACAGCCUCCCAGCCGCGCAGCGCCGCGCCGCGCCCCCAGCCACCCUCCGUACUUCUCUCGGCCCCGCGUUCGCCCCCGCGGCCCCUCCGCCCAAUGAAACUGGCCGCGAUGAUCAAGAAGAUGUGCCCGAGCGACUCGGAGCUGAGUAUCCCGGCCAAGAACUGCUACCGCAUGGUCAUCCUCGGCUCGUCCAAGGUGGGCAAGACGGCCAUCGUGUCGCGCUUCCUCACGGGCCGCUUCGAGGACGCCUACACGCCCACCAUCGAGGAUUUCCACCGCAAGUUCUACUCCAUCCGUGGCGAAGUCUACCAGCUCGACAUCCUCGACACGUCCGGCAACCACCCGUUCCCCGCCAUGCGGCGCCUCUCCAUCCUCACUGGAGACGUGUUCAUCUUGGUGUUCAGCCUGGACAACCGCGACUCUUUCGAGGAGGUGCAGAGGCUCAAGCAGCAGAUCCUCGACACCAAGUCCUGUCUCAAGAACAAAACCAAGGAGAACGUGGACGUGCCGCUGGUCAUCUGCGGCAACAAGGGGGAUCGGGACUUCUACCGCGAGGUGGAGCAGCGCGAGAUCGAGCAGCUGGUGGGCGACGACCCCCAGCGCUGCGCCUACUUCGAGAUCUCGGCCAAGAAGAACAGCAGCCUGGACCAGAUGUUCCGGGCGCUCUUCGCCAUGGCCAAGCUGCCCAGCGAGAUGAGCCCGGACCUGCACCGCAAGGUGUCAGUGCAGUACUGCGACGUGCUGCACAAGAAGGCGCUGCGGAACAAGAAGCUGUUGCGAGCCGGCAGCGGCGGCGGGGACCCGGGCGACGCCUUCGGCAUCGUGGCGCCCUUCGCCCGCCGGCCCAGCGUGCACAGCGACCUCAUGUACAUCCGUGAGAAGGCCAGCGGCGGCAGCCAGGCCAAGGACAAGGAGCGCUGCGUCAUCAGCUAGGAGCCCCCCGCCCCCAGCCCCCAGCCCCCCCCGCGUCGGUGACCGAACUUGAGGAGGACCUUUUUGUUUCAAAGUCACGUCCGGGCCAGCUCGUGCGCCCCGGGGCCGCGUGCGCGCGGACUAGCGUCUUCCCUCCCCGCGGCCCUGGGCCCGCGCACACUGGGGAGGCACUAACGAAGAAGGGACAGUCAUCUGCUCUGGAAGGAAAGAGAACUGGACGACACUGGGACUCCCCCCCCUCCCCCUUCCCCGCAGGCGCCUGCCACUCCCGAGACAGGGGGUCACAGGCCGGCAGAGGGUGAAUUUGUCUUGUUUCUGACAAAGACAAGAACGGGGGUGGGGGGAGUGAGUUAACCCCUGUUGGGCUUUGAGAAACCUGUCCUGCCCCCUGGAGGGUCAAGACGGGACACCUGGGGCAUUAUUUUGUCUGUGAUCCUGGGUUGCCGUGACAGCUACCGAAAGCCUCUGCCCUCCCAAAACUUAAGGAGGUGCGGGUCAGAUCAUAGCCAAGUGACUUGUUUACAUGAGUGUGUGAAAUUGCACAAAGGAAAACAAAACACACACCUUGCACUUUAAAAGUUCUGAUGUCAUCGUGGACAUGAACAAAAUCUUACCUAGCUGUUUGUACCGUGUGUGUGUGUGUGUAUGACCGUCCUUAAAGUCAUUGUUACUGUUUUUAUAAAAUAAAAUAAUUUAAAACA